GUAAAUGUGCAUUCUGUCUCCGACGUUGUUGUCCAGCAGUAAGGUACCGUCGUUGAUCGUUAAUUUUCCGAAAAUUACUUUCGAUCCUCGACCGUCCGUCGUCUUUCCGCAAGCGGAUUAUGCGAAAUAUAUCGCAUAAAAUGUUCAUAUAAUCUGUGAUCUUGCCGUCGUAGUGGACGGUGGAUCGUCGCCCGAUAUCUGACGCGGCUUUCGUCACGUUUUCCGAGCUCCUUCGGUUCGAAAGAUAUUUAUUUUUUGUACACAGAACAUCUGUUGCACUCGCAUUCCCGUCGCGUACGCGCCGAACGCCAAUGACGAUGAGACAAGCGAAAAUCGUCCGACCGCUUAAUUUGGACGAAUACUUUAUGAGUUUAUUACAAAACAUUUACAAAAAUAGAAAUUUAUCAGUCGAAGUAGGAAGUGUCACAAUGGUUAAGUUCUGCACCGUUAACGACCUAUUUCCGAGUUAACACUUUAAAAGUUACACCCCUAGAAGUUAUGAAAUCCAUAAAUGAACAAAUGUUGAAAUUGAAAUAUUUUAGAAAUAAUGAAAAUAAGCCUUCAGUUAAAAUACAUUCACAGCUAAACGAUUGUAUAGAAGUUUCACCUAUUGACAACUCUUUACUUGAUUUAAGUCCUAAAAGCGAAGAAGUUAUAAUUGAUAUUGCUACUGGGCAAUCUGCAUUACGUGGCUCACAUAUAUUUGCUCCUGGGAUCAUGGCCAUGACACCUGAAAUAAAAAUUGGUUCUACUAUAUCAGUUUAUACUGAUUUAGCCCAACGGUGUAAAAAAGGUUAUCAAAAAUACUACGAUAAUCCUUUAAAAAUAUUUGUUGGUAAUGGUGUUGCCAAGAUGAAUCGUAGACAAUUAUUUAGUGGUGAUAUGAACCCUAAAGGUAUUGCUAUAGAGAUGACUGAUCCCAUUACAGGCGUCCCAUCAUUCACAUUGCCCAAUGAAUAUGGAAUGCUACAGAAUUUGCCAUCGAUUGUUACUGGAUAUGCUCUUAAUGUGAAUGAAAACAAUCUUAAAGUAUUGGACAUGUGUGCAGCACCUGGUAAUAAGACUACACAUUUAGCAAUUUUAAUGAAUAAUAAAGGUUCAAUAGAUGCAUUAGAUAAAUCAAAAUCUAAAUUAAAAAAAUUAAAACUACGAUGUGAUGAUUUUGGAAUAGAAAACGUAAGAAUUCAUCAUUUUGAUUCACUGAUUAGUGUUGACUCAAAUAAUAAAAAUAUUGGAAGUGAAAUUAAACCACCAUUUAAAGUUGAAUCAUUUGAUCGUGUACUAUUGGAUGCACCUUGUAGCAAUCUUGGACAGCGGCCAUUACUUAAAAUCGAAGCAUUUGAAAAAUUAAUAAAAAGUUUUCCAGCUCUACAAAAGAAAUUAUUAAUCAAUGCUAUUGAUCUCCUUAAACCUGGUGGUAUUUUAGUAUACAGUACAUGUACAAUUACAAUUGAAGAGAAUGAACAGAAUGUUGCUUGGGUACUUGAAAAGUAUCCACAAAUGGAACUGAUGGCAAUAAAUUCUCAAGUUGGCAGUUCUGGAAUUACUCAAGUAGGAUUAAGUGAAAAUAAUUGUGAACUUGUGAGGCGCUUCGGUCCUGAGAAUGCCAAAGAAGAUUCUAUCGGAUUUUUUAUUGCAAAGUUUCACAAAAAAUAUUAAUUAGAAGUACAUGUUUAGAGAUAAAUUAAAUUAUUUUUUAACUGUC